GAGAGAUUUACCAGUCAUGAGCGAUCGUCGUAUGAAAGACCUGCUCAAGCAGUCUGGGAGCCGCCGGUCUGGUGGUGCUGCGUCGGCUGCGGCUCCAAAGUGCCAGAACUGCAAGCAGCCGGGCCACUGGACGUACCAGUGCACCCGCAGCAGUGCCGAUGCGACCGUCUACCGCCCAAGGCCAUCGCGAUCCAAGCUGCUCGAGGACCGCAUUGCGUCAGGCGCGCCGGCGUCGAUCGCACUCCCGCCAUCAGGCGUCGGGAUGACUGCGGCAGGCGCUCCAGCUCAGUCCCAAUCCCAAGCACAGUCCCAAGCCCAAGCCCAAGCGGAUGAAGCCAAGAGCGAACGUGCUGCCUCGCAUGAACUCUCUGCAAUGUCGCUUGCUGCCGUGCCGCAGGGUGGUGCCGCCGAGCAAGGUCGAGGCCGAUCCAACACAAAGCGACGAGCUGCGUCGCGAUCAUCGUCCAGCUCGUCGGGAUUGUCGUCUGCGUCGGGAUCGUCAUCAGGGUCGGGAUCAUCACGGUCAUCAUACUCGUCGUCUGGAUCAUCGUCAGGCUCGAGCUCCGGGUCGGACUCUGGCUCUGACUCGGAUUCUGGCUAUAGCUCGGAUUCGAGCAGCGGAUCAAGCCACAGCAGCGGAUCAAGCGAUUCCGAAGACGAAGGCAAGCAUCGUCGUCGUCGUCGUCGUAGCCACGGUUCUAGGCAUCGUCGUCGUAGUAUUAGUCGUAGUCCUAGUCCUGAUCGGAGUCGCUCGUCCAAGAAUUCACUUCGACCGCCUUCAUCUCGUCGUAACAAUGCUCGGUCUCGGUCUCCAUCUCCAUCCCGGUCUCGGUCUCAGUCUCGGUCUCGAUCGCCGCCUCGUUCGUCUUCGUCUCGGAGUAGAUCCGACCGCGGGCGUCGCGACGAUUGAAUCAGGCAGCGCAAAUGAAUUUUUGUGU